AUGACUGAAACACCACCUAUAGAUCUGUCCAUGGAUUAUGAUGUAGUCAUUGCCGGUGCCGGAUUAGCCGGUCUAACUGCAGCGCGUGAGCUUCAGAAACGAUCUCCAGAGCUGCGGGUACUGGUGAUUGAGGCGAAAGACAGAGUUGGUGGAAGAACGCUUGGGGUUGAAAUGAAAGGUUCGAGAAACCGUAAAGAGAGUUUCGAUUUGGGAGGGCAAUGGGUCGGAAACACCCAAAAAUGUAUUUUGGAUUUGAUGGAUGAAUUAAAGUUGGAGAAAUAUCCUCAGUAUACAGCAGGUUUGCGCCAAGCUGUUGUUGGAAGAUCAAAAACUCGAACUUAUGAAGAUGCAGUAGCUUUCAGAAGUUUCAAACACUUUUCUUUUGGUGAUGUCAUCGACUUGGGCCUCGCUGUGUGGAAAAUCGACAAUUUGGCAAAAAAAAUUGAUCCAAACAACGUCUUCAAAUGGAAAGAUGCUCAGGAGUAUGAUGAUAUGACUUUGGCUACUUGGAUCAAAACCAAUUGCUGGUCUAGAACAACAAUAGAUGCCUUCCAUAUAUUAUCUCGGUCAUUAUACGGAUCAGAACCUAAUAAAGUGAACAUGUUGUAUCACUUGGUCGCUUGCAAAGCAGGUUUUGGAAUGAAAAAUAUAAUGGAAGAUGUUGGUGAUGGAGCUCAAGCUUAUCGAAUCAAGGGAGGGGCUCACCAAUUUUGUACCAAGCUUGCGAAACAAGUUGGACAUGAGAACAUUUGGUUAAACCAAUCAAUUGCUUCAGUCGAAACGUUUGAAAACUCCGCAACAACAGCUAUAACUUUGCUUCAAACUGACGGUACGAAAACUUUUAAAAACCUCAAAUGCUCUAGACUGAUUCUAGCAAUACCUCCUCACGAAUGUAAUAAGAUUGAGUUCAGACCAGGUCUUCCAAACGCCAAGAAAAGAUUGUUUGAUUCGAUACCUCCCGGACACUACAUCAAAUGUAUUAUAACAUAUGAAACCACAUUCUGGAGAGAUCUUGGGUUCUCCGGAAGUGUUAUCAGUACAGGGCGUUCUGAUAUACCCGGAGAGGUUUUACCUAUAUCUUUCGUUCAUGACGAUACCUCCGAGAAUGGUGUUCCGGCAUUAGUUGUUCUUUUGAAUGAUGAGUUUGCUGAUUAUACGACUGAGGAGAGGUGUAACCUUGUGACGAAUGAUUUGAUGAGAUUUUUCGGAGAAAAAGCCAUGCUGGAGUUUGUUGAUUAUAAAGACAAAGUAUGGUCGAAAGAACCUUUCAAUGGCGGGUGUCCUGUGUCCUCAUUGCCUCCGGGCUGUAUGGAGUACUGGCAAUCAUACAGGGAUCCCUUCUACACAGUUCACUUCGGUGGAACAGAGACCGCUAGAAAUCAUAUGGGAUAUAUGAGUGGAGCCGUGGAAAGUGGACUUCGAACAGCUCAUGAGGUUUUACAAGAACUUGAAAAGUUUAACCUCGUUUCUUACAACUAUCUGGAAGGAACGAAGUACGAUAGUACAUAUCAACCACCAUUAACGCGAACUGAUUCAUAUUCCAAUUUCAUAUCGCCUUGGUGGAGAAGAUUAUUCUUUGGAACUUGCGUGUGCCUCGGAAUAAUUGUAUACAGUAAGAAGUAUAAGCUCUCGUUCUUCGCAAAAAGUGUGAAACCGAUUGAAAAUCGACUUGUUCUCUGGACGACAGGACUUAAAUGGCCAACAUAA